GCCGGCGGGCGCACGAGGCAGCCACCGCGGCCAUGACGGCGGAGAAGGCGCUGCCCCUGGGCAACGGGAACGCUGCGGAGGAGGUGCGGGAGACCGAGGCGCCGGGCGGCGGCGGCGGCGACGGCGACAGGAGCGCGGCGCCCGCGCGCGACCCGAAGGCGGUCCACGAGCGCGGCCACUGGAACAACAAGGUGGAGUUCGUGCUGAGCGUGGCGGGCGAGAUCAUCGGGCUGGGCAACGUGUGGCGCUUCCCCUACCUGUGCUACAAGAACGGAGGAGGGGCGUUCCUGAUCCCCUACGUAGUGUUUUUUAUCUGCUGUGGGAUCCCCGUGUUUUUCCUGGAAACGGCCCUGGGGCAGUUCACCAGUGAAGGCGGCAUUACGUGUUGGAGGAAGGUCUGCCCUUUGUUUGAAGGCAUCGGCUAUGCCACGCAGGUGAUUGAGGCCCAUCUCAACGUCUACUACAUCAUCAUCCUCGCCUGGGCCAUCUUCUACCUGAGCAACUGCUUCACCACCGAGCUCCCCUGGGCCACUUGUGGGCACGAGUGGAACACAGAGCACUGUGUGGAGUUCCAGAAGCUGAAUGAGAGCAGCUACAACCACGUGUCCCUGCAGAAUGCCACCUCCCCAGUCAUGGAAUUUUGGGAGCGCCGGGUCUUGGCCAUCUCAGAUGGCAUCGAGCAUAUUGGGAACCUCCGUGGGGAAUUGGCCUUGUGUCUGCUGGCGGCCUGGACCAUCUGCUACUUCUGCAUCUGGAAAGGGACCAAGUCCACUGGAAAGGUGGUCUAUGUUACUGCCACGUUCCCUUACGUCAUGCUUCUGAUCCUCCUGAUCCGAGGGGUGACGCUGCCUGGAGCCUCCGAAGGCAUUAAGUUCUACCUGUACCCUGACCUCUCCCGACUCUCCGACCCACAGGUGUGGGUAGAUGCUGGCACCCAGAUCUUUUUCUCCUAUGCCAUCUGCCUGGGCUGCCUGACUGCCCUGGGGAGUUACAACAACUACAAUAACAACUGCUACAGGGACUGCAUCAUGCUGUGCUGCCUGAACAGCGGCACCAGCUUCGUGGCCGGCUUUGCCAUCUUCUCCGUGCUGGGCUUCAUGGCGUACGAGCAGGGCGUGCCCAUCGCUGAGGUGGCCGAGUCAGGCCCUGGCCUGGCCUUCAUCGCAUACCCCAAGGCUGUCACCAUGAUGCCCUUGUCCCCUCUGUGGGCCACCUUGUUCUUCAUGAUGCUCAUCUUCCUGGGUCUGGACAGCCAGUUUGUAUGCGUGGAGAGCCUGGUGACGGCCGUGGUGGACAUGUACCCCAAGGUCUUCCGGAGGGGCUACCGGCGAGAGCUGCUCAUCCUGGCCCUGUCCAUCGUCUCCUACUUCCUGGGCCUCGUCAUGUUGACCGAGGGCGGCAUGUACAUCUUCCAGCUCUUCGACUCCUACGCGGCCAGCGGCAUGUGCCUGCUCUUCGUGGCCAUCUUCGAGUGCGUGUGCAUCGGCUGGGUCUACGGAAGCAACAGGUUCUAUGAUAACAUUGAAGACAUGAUUGGCUACCGGCCACUGUCCCUCAUUAAAUGGUGCUGGAAGGUCGUGACACCCGGGAUCUGUGCGGGCAUCUUCAUCUUCUUCCUGGUCAAGUACAAGCCCCUCAAGUACAACAACGUCUAUACCUACCCCGCCUGGGGCUACGGCAUCGGCUGGCUCAUGGCCCUGUCCUCCAUGGUCUGCAUCCCCCUGUGGGUCUUCAUCAAGGUGUGGAAGAUGGAGGGGACCCUGUCCGAGAAACUCAAGAAGUUGACCAUCCCCAGUGCUGAUCUGAAGAUGCGAGGCAAGCUUGGGGCAGGCCCAAGGACGGUGACAGUUAACGACUGUGACGCAAAACUCAAGGGGGACGGGGCCAUUGCAGCCAUCACAGAGAAGGAGACGGACUUCUGAGAGGCCGAGGUCACCUGCCACCCCCUCCCCUCCUCCCUGUGUACAGGAAUCCCCGACACACCUUCACCUAAUGAUAGGGGCUUGCUCAUUUUGCACAAGAUGUAUUAACCAGUUAAUGUUCAGGUGGCUUCUGUACACUUUGGUUUAAAGUCACCCCCUCCCCCUGCCCUGUGAUCCUGUAAGUAACCAUGACAAUGAGAUAAUAUUGUACAGUGACUAGCAGGACCUUCUUGCCUGAGGGUAUUUUAAUCAGUGUUCUCUAGGGGUUAGAGCUGAGUGUAUAAUAUUGUAAAGCGUCCGUUCCUUGGCUGUGGGGGAGGUGGGUGGCAGUGGCACCUGCUCUUCUCUCUGGAAGCCUUGGAGGGACCUUUCCAUGUCCUCCCGGGCUUGUCCCCGGCCCUCUGCAGCUGCGCCUGCCCCAUGACACCCUGCCCAGGCCAGCCUCUUGGCAAGGCCAUGUGGCAGAGAAGAACAAGUCCUGCCAAGCCCCAGGAGUCGGGCUGCAGGCACCCCCUCAUCACCUGCACACACCCCCAACCCUCUGCAUCUCACUAAGUGACCUUGGGUACUCCCUUCCCUCCCUGGGCCUCAGCUUCCCCAUCUGCCCACUGAGAAGGGCUGGACCCCAACCUCUUUCAGUUCUGCCCCGGUCUCCUCUUUGCAGGAUGCCGUUGGCUCUCUUUGCUGGUCUGGGACCCCUCAAAAAGUUGUUAGGUGACCCCUGCAUGCCCCUCCCCCACUUCCCCCUUCUCACCUGCCUCUGAAAGCCCCCAGCAUCUACAGUCCAGCCCAACCCAGAAGUGCCCAGAGGUGCUGCGGUGCUCAGCCCUGACCCUCGGAGUCCCUCCACCUAGGCCCGGCUGGCUGGACUGCCAGAACCCUCUUCUUCAUGGGCUGGGUUUCAGGGUCAGCCAUCUGUUCCCCAGGCAACUGUGUUCCCCGACCACCUUGCCACCAGGAUCUGUGUCUGAGGACCUUCAACCGCUUCCCAGGGGAGGCAGUUAGUUACAAGGGAGCCUGUCUCCCACAUACCUCUUCUCUCCUCCCCACUACCGUAGACCACUUCUCUGCUCCUCCCAUCGGGGAGGGGCACCCCUGCCCACUCCCUCCAGCCUCCUCACUGUGCCCUCAGUGCUUGCUGGGGGCUCCGACCUGCCUGGGUCACAUGGAAGUCUCAGCCGUCAAGCGCACGCCCAUGACUGAGUUACUGGUGACGAAGAAGAAGGAACAGCCUUCCUUCUUAGGCCCCAGUUUUCUCAGGGAGACAAGCUUCCCUCGAGUCCUGCAGGGCUGAGGGAGAGAGACUGUACACAGACCUUAGUGGAAAGAGAACUCACACCUGGUUUGGCUUGCCCAAAGUUCUCCAAAGUCCCAAUUCUUCUGCUCCUGCCGCCUCCCCCCUUCCCCCCACCCAAACUGGGUGUGUUCAGAGGGGUCCCAAGCUCUCCCUCGGGCACAGAUCCCAAUUCUGGGUCUAAGGCCCCCUUGUGCUCACAGCCCACCCCCCUUCUCCAGGACCCACACGGCCCCUCCCAGAGUCCAGCCCGUCUUGCUCAACAAUGGGAGGGGGUCCUCCCACUGCUGCUACUACGGGGUCUCCACCACCCACCCCUCACAGAUGCAAGCACCCUCAUCAGACACAUGGGCCCUCCCCUGGCAUUUGGCCCCCGGCACAUUAACACUGCUCAUUGGCGGGGCGCAGGGAGAAGUUGGGGGUGGGUGGGGUUUGCUUUGUUUUAUAUUGUGGUUCCUUCUAGUCUUAGGGUAACUCUAGGGGUGGGCGGGGAAUGCCAGGGCAAGGGAAAUACACCAUUGUGAUGACUUUUUGAUAUAUUCCUUAGAAACAAUACAUCCUUUCUGAGAUAUUUACAGUAUUAUUAAAAAACAAAAGGUUGUACUGUUUUGCAUAAUGGACCUUUUUAUUUGGUAUUCAAAGGGCACAAGGUUGUCUGCUUACUCAUUUUUAAAAAUUAAAGAAAUAAACAGA